AUGACAGAUGUCCAUUACAACGAACAAUCACUCCUUGAACAACUGAUGCUGUGUACGGAAUAUGUGGAUAAAGCAGAACGAUAUGAACUACUCGGCCCUCUGUAUCGUCUUGUAAUACCAAUAUAUGAGAAGCAAAAGGAUUAUCAGGCCUUACUCACUUGCUACCAACAUCUAACCAAAGCUUACGCCAAGGUCAUUGAGGUGACAAACUCCGGUAAAAGGCUUCUAGGAAGAUUCUACCGAGUAGCGUUCUUCGGAAAGGCCCACUUCGGGGAAGACGAAGAAGGCAUUGAAUUCAUUUAUAAGGAACCUAAAUUGACGUCACUCAGUGAAAUAUCGGAAAAACUUCAAACAUUCUAUGAGCAUAAAUUCGGGGCCGGCAACGUCAAGAUGAUUAUGGAUUCGGCGCCGGUAAAUCGUGAAGAAUUGGACAGUAAGGUGGCGUAUAUCCAAGUAACUUGGGUUCGAGCCUCGCCUGAAGGUAUGGGAACAGCUAUCAGCGGAGGGGAAGGGUCGUUUGAAAGGGUACAUAAUGUAAGACGAUUCGUGUUCGAGACACCAUUUACUAGAGACGGGGCAGCCAGAGGACCUGUACAUCAUCAGAGAUUGCGACUCACUCAUCUUACUGCUGAAAACUGGUUCCCAUAUGUCAAACGUCGAGUUCCAGUUAUAGAUACACAGAUAGAAGAGAAGAGUCCAAUAGAGGUAGCCGUUUCAGAAAUGGAAAGUCAAGUUGCUGAACUAUCUGAAAUAGUCAAUGCGAAAUCACCCGACAUCAAGAAACUACAACUAAGACUCCAAGGCAGUAUAUGCGUACAAGUGAACGCGGGUCCGCUGGCGUACGCGAAUGCAUUUUUGGACCCCACGCUGGCGCCGAUGUACCCUGACGAUAUGGUUGAAAAGUUAAAGGCCACUUUCAAAGAGUUCCUGACUGUUUGUCACGCGGCGCUGCAGUUGAACGCCAAACUCAUUAGCUCCGACCAAGUCACCUAUCAAGAAGCCUUGGAAACGAACUACUACAAACUCAGCGAUUCACUCUCCAACGUGUUAGGUCAACAACUACAAGAUAUCCUGCUCAAUGGAAACCUCAGCACCACCGUCACCGGCGUUGAAUUGGAGUCGAGCAACGCCUGA